CCAGUAUUGCAGCCAGUAGAACGGUUUUCGAACCCUUGCGAACAGUAAUUCAAACUCCGCUUGAAAUAUAUUUAGAAGCUUAACAAAGAACCACUCAAACCAUGAAGCACUUUGCUAUCCAUCAUUUAUAUCAUCAAGGGUUUGACGACCUGGAUGUCAUGCUACAAUAAUUUUUACUGACCAAUUAUAUCCUCCCCACUGAUAUGUACCACUCCACCACGCCGUCUGCGCUUCCCAUCACGAGCUUUGACACAACAAUCUCUCAAUCGACGAAUUGCCAGUGACGAGACCUUCCGCCCGAAAUCAUGGAUUCGAAUUCACUACCUACGGAGUUCGAUAUUGGCGAAGGUCUGAAGAUGCCUUCGAUUGGUAUCGGGACUGGGACAUUCAAGGGCGACGGUCAAGACCGCGUGAAAGCCAUUGUUCUUGCUGCGUUAAAGAAAGGCUACCGGCACAUUGAUACUGCUACUGCUUACGGCACCGAGAAGGCUGUGGGUGAAGCUAUAAAAGAAUUUAUCAAAGACAGUGGCGUGCCUCGUGAAGAGCUGUUUGUUACGACAAAGCUGGAUCAGAACUGGCACAAACCAAGUGAUGUCGCAGAGGCUAUGGCAAGAAGUCUGGAAAGUCUGGACCUGGAUUAUGUGGAUCUCUACAUGAUGCACUUUUCCCAUGCAUAUCAGUCAUCAGGCAACGAUCGUAUCAAAGAGCGUCAUGAGAAUGGGAAGCCAAAGAUUGAUUAUGACCUCUCACGAGCUUAUCCUGAAGUGUGGAAGAGUAUGGAAGCUCUCGUCCACACGAAGAAAGCUCGCUCCAUCGGUGUUUCGAACUUUAACAUACGAAAGCUACAACGACUGUUAAAAGACGCUGACAUUCCCCCAGCUGUAAAUCAAGUAGAGAUACACCCUUACCUUCCACAAUAUGAGUUGAUCUCAUUCUGCCACGAUAAGAACAUCCAUGUAACAGCACAUCAGCCUCUCGGUGGUGCUCCGAUCGACGCGGUAAAGGAACACAAGGACAUCCCAGUUCCUCUCUUACAUCCGAAAAUUAUAACUCUUGCUGGAAAGCUUGAUUUGACACCAGCGCAGGUGCUACUGUCAUGGCUAUUGACACGUGGACUGUCUGCCGUUCCCAAGACUUCCCAAGAGAGUCGCUUACAGGAGAAUCUUUGCAAGAGCCUACAGAAGUUAAGUCCAGAGAGUCUCCAGACAGUGGAUCAAGUGUACAAGGAGACUGGCGAGAUACGCUACCUCCAACCCAGAGACUAUAUUGGUUUUGACAUAUUCGACGAAAAGCAUGAUGAGCCGACCGAACAGUAAUGUCGCACCUAUAAUUAGAGCAGAGAUUGAAUAUGAUAUCGACACAGCCAGACCAGGAAUUGCAGCCAUUCUCAAAUUAACUUUCAAAGCACGUGUCUCAGCCGACUGUCACGUUUUGAG